GGGAGGGGAAGAGAGGGAGGGAGCCGAGGAAGACGCUCCGAUAACCCGUGCGUUUCGUAAGGCUCUGAGCACUUGUACAUUUCUGCAGGCGCGCGACGAGCCAUUCGCGGCGGCUGCUGCAGCUCCGACUGCAUCCUCCUCCUCCUCCUCCUUCCCCCGGGCUCCGGGUGUGUGUCUGCGUGAGUGUAUGUGUGUGUGUGUGUUUUGCAGGUGUGUCCGUUUUAAUUCUGCCCAGUAGGUGGGACUUGGUGACUUUAGCACCAUAUUUUUCCUUUUCUUUUUUUUCCCUUCUUUUUCUUUUUUGCCUCCCCACCGUCUGUUGCAACCCUGCAAAGUCUCGGAGUCGGAGAGCGCGGCUCGCUUCCCGAGCCCCCGGACCCGGCGAGCCGGCGAGCGCCGAGCCGGCCACCAUGCCAGGCAGACCGCGCCACUAGGCGCUCCCCGCGGCUCCCACCCGGCGGCGGCGGCGGCGGCGGCGGCGGCGGCGGCGGCCGCGAUGGUUUCAGACGCUGAAGGAUUUUGCAUCUGAUCGCACGGCGUUUCAAAGGCAGAGGCCCCCCCUCCCCCUUCCCCCCUCCCUCGCCGUCUUUGUUUCCUUCCCCCCCAGCUCUCCCCACUCCCCCCACCCCACCCCCCUCUCCUCUCCUCCUCCUCUUUUUUAGAAGCCGCGAUCGGAGAUGGAUGUCUCUCUUUGCCCAGCCAAGUGUAGUUUCUGGCGGAUUUUCUUGCUGGGAAGCGUCUGGCUGGACUAUGUGGGCUCCGUGCUGGCUUGCCCUGCAAAUUGUGUCUGCAGCAAGACUGAGAUCAAUUGCCGGCGGCCGGACGAUGGGAACCUCUUCCCCCUCCUGGAAGGGCAGGAUUCAGGGAACAGCAAUGGGAACGCCAGCAUCAACAUCACAGACAUCUCAAGGAAUAUCACUUCCAUACACAUAGAGAACUGGCGGGGCCUGCACACGCUCAAUGCAGUGGACAUGGAGCUCUACACUGGCCUCCAGAAGCUGACCAUCAAGAACUCAGGACUUAGGAGCAUCCAGCCCAGAGCCUUUGCCAAGAACCCUCACUUGCGCUAUAUAAACCUGUCGAGCAACCGGCUUACCACACUCUCAUGGCAGCUCUUCCAGACGCUGAGUCUUCGGGAAUUGAGAUUGGAGCAGAACUUCUUCAACUGCAGCUGUGACAUCCGCUGGAUGCAGCUGUGGCAGGAGCAGGGGGAGGCCAAGCUCAGCAGCCAGCACCUCUACUGCAUCAAUGCGGACGGCUCCCAGCUGCCCCUCUUCCGCAUGAACAUCAGCCAGUGUGACCUUCCCGAGAUCAGCGUGAGCCACGUCAACCUGACCGUACGAGAGGGUGACAAUGCCGUCAUCACUUGUAAUGGCUCUGGAUCACCGCUGCCUGACGUAGACUGGAUAGUCACUGGCCUGCAGUCCAUCAACACCCACCAGACCAAUCUGAACUGGACCAAUGUGCACGCCAUCAACCUGACCCUGGUGAACGUGACAAGUGAGGACAACGGCUUCACCCUGACGUGCAUUGCGGAGAACGUGGUGGGCAUGAGCAAUGCCAGCGUCGCCCUCACCGUGCACUACCCUCCGCGCGUGGUGAGCCUGGAGGAGCCCGAGCUGCGCCUGGAGCACUGCAUCGAGUUUGUGGUGCGUGGCAACCCACCGCCCACGCUGCACUGGCUGCACAACGGGCAGCCGCUGCGUGAGUCCAAGAUCACCCACGUGGAGUACUACCAGGAGGGUGAGGUGUCCGAGGGCUGCCUGCUCUUCAACAAGCCCACCCACUACAACAACGGCAACUACACCCUUAUCGCCAAAAACCCGCUGGGCACGGCCAACCAGACCAUCAACGGCCACUUCCUCAAGGAGCCCUUCCCAGAGAGCACGGAUAACUUUGUCUCUAUCUACGAUGUGAGCCCCACGCCCAUCACUGUGACCCACAAACCGGAGGAAGACACUUUUGGGGUAUCCAUAGCUGUUGGACUUGCUGCUUUUGCCUGCGUCCUGUUGGUGGUUCUCUUCAUCAUGAUCAACAAGUACGGUCGACGGUCCAAAUUUGGAAUGAAGGGCCCCGUGGCUGUCAUCAGCGGCGAGGAGGACUCAGCCAGCCCGCUGCACCACAUCAACCAUGGCAUCACCACACCCUCGUCGUUGGACGCUGGGCCAGACACGGUGGUCAUCGGCAUGACCCGGAUCCCAGUCAUUGAGAACCCCCAGUACUUCCGUCAGGGACACAACUGCCACAAGCCAGACACGUAUGUGCAGCACAUUAAGAGGAGGGACAUCGUGUUGAAGCGGGAACUGGGUGAGGGAGCCUUUGGCAAGGUCUUCCUGGCUGAGUGCUACAACCUCAGCCCGACCAAGGACAAGAUGCUCGUGGCCGUGAAGGCCCUGAAGGAUCCCACCCUGGCUGCCCGGAAGGAUUUCCAGAGGGAGGCUGAGUUGCUCACCAAUCUGCAGCACGAGCAUAUUGUCAAAUUCUACGGUGUGUGUGGCGAUGGUGACCCGCUCAUCAUGGUCUUUGAGUACAUGAAGCACGGAGACCUCAACAAGUUCCUCAGGGCCCAUGGGCCAGAUGCUAUGAUCCUUGUGGACGGGCAGCCACGCCAGGCGAAAGGCGAGCUGGGGCUCUCCCAAAUGCUCCACAUCGCCAGUCAGAUUGCCUCAGGCAUGGUGUACCUGGCCUCCCAGCACUUUGUGCACCGGGACCUGGCCACCAGGAAUUGCCUGGUUGGAGCCAAUCUGCUGGUGAAGAUCGGGGACUUCGGCAUGUCCAGAGAUGUCUACAGCACCGAUUACUACAGGGAAGGGCCAUGCCAGAAGGGCCCGAUCAGCGUGUCAUGGCAGCGACAGAGGCUAGCAGCACCGGCAGCUUCCACACUCUUUAAUCCAUCUGGAAAUGAUUUUUGUAUAUGGUGUGAGGUGGGAGGACACACCAUGCUCCCCAUCCGUUGGAUGCCCCCUGAAAGCAUCAUGUACCGGAAGUUCACUACGGAGAGCGAUGUGUGGAGCUUUGGGGUGAUCCUGUGGGAGAUCUUCACCUACGGAAAGCAGCCGUGGUUCCAGCUCUCAAACACAGAGGUCAUCGAGUGUAUCACCCAGGGUCGUGUGCUGGAGCGGCCCCGAGUGUGCCCCAAAGAGGUGUACGACGUCAUGCUGGGGUGCUGGCAGAGGGAACCCCAGCAGCGGCUGAACAUCAAGGAGAUCUACAAAGUCCUUCACGCUUUGGGGAAAGCCGCCCCCAUCUACCUGGACAUCCUCGGCUAGCGGUGGCUGGCAGUCACGGAUGCGUACUCUGUUGCCUCCUGUCUCCCAGCCUCACAUCCUCCCUUGUCACCUCACACUCCUUUCUUCCAUCCUGACUGAAGCGAACAUCUUCAUAUAAACUCAAGUGCCUGCUACACAUACAACACUGAAAAAAAAAAAAAAAGGAAAGAAAAAACCCUGUAAGGCAGUUUGGCGAAUAUAUAUAUAUAUACAUAUAUAUAUUUAUAUAUCUAACUAUCUAUCUAUCUAUAUCCACAGAGAGAUACCUUCUCUAAUACAGAGAGAAGCUGCUGACACAGAAACCAUAAGACUGUAACAACAACUCAGAAAAUCUUAAAUAUUAUAAACACAAAUGGAAACCCCCUUUGACGGAAGCUGGGGUCCCUGCUUCUUCGGCUCCGGCUUUUCGGAGCCAAAGACCUUGACGACACAGAGACGGUCUUCGUGCUGGGACAGGAGGAGCUGGGGUGGAGUGCGAAUUGUUCAGGCGAUUACCUGCACAGGUGCGUUUCCCCUCCCCGGCCCCCCCCUCCCCGAGCUCUGCACAGGUGCAUGGACAGACCCCAUCAACUGCACUCAGGAUGCAGCGGGAAAGAACACCGGACGGGGGGCCUCUGGAAAGCCUCAUGUCUCCCCUGACUGUCACCUCCACGCCUUCCCCUUUCCUCUGCUUCAAGACAGUUCUCCCAUUUGUCCAUUCUGGAAAGUAGAGUCCUGACGCUUUUGGAAGUCAGUGAGGGCGUGUACCAGUCAACACAUAACAACCGACAAGACACAAAACCAUCAUGACAAUGGACUUCAUCCAUCUUGGGUGUAAACCAUGCUCACGUUCCUUCCUAAAUUUGAAAGGGACGUGCCAUUUAUUCUCUGAACCUCAAGAACUGGACGUUCUGGACUUAGCCACAGAAGAAGAAGCUGAAAUUCGAACCCUCCCCGGCAAGGCACUGCCUCUCGUCUUUCCCUCGCUGGAAAGACUCCUCAGCCCCACCUCCCGCAUUCGGGCCUUUGGGGGAGUUUGGGGGCGAAGGGAACGUCCCCCGUGUUUCCCGCAAAUGUGGAUGCAGCAGGGUUCCGGUAGCAGGAGACUUCAUUCCUUGUAGGUCGUUAUAAAGUGUGCCCCUCUGUGUCCUCUGUUUCUCAUCCUGCCUGCCCAGGUCCCCAGCCCCCCACUUCCUGGGCCUCUCGCAAGUCCCAGGUGAACCUCACUGCCAGGGAAGGGAGCCAGGUGUAGCGAGAGCGUGGGGCAGCGCUUGUAUCGGGGAGCGAGGCGGUACCGUGGGCAGCAGCCAGCAGGGGAGAAUCUAUCUGGCACCUGCACCGGCCCCUUGGCAUUCUCCUCACGUUUCCAGGCCCUGGAAGGAUUGAUGCAUCUGCCUUUGAGCUGCUGUGAAAAUGCAGGGGCUGAAAAAUCGCUUUUGUGGGCUGGGGGCGGGGGGAGGGGCCGAGGCUUCUCUGGGAGGUGUCCGCCGCGGGCCACGGCCACAGGCGCGGCAUCUUAAUGAGGACUGAGCCCUGACCAGGGAGAGAGAAUGAGGCGUGUGGGCUGGGGUCCUGGCCGCUGCUGUCAAGGGCCGUCACGGGGGCAGAUCUCCGGGCCUCCCCGAUGCACGACAAGGAAAUGCUUCCGGAGGGCAACCGCCUGGCCCCUCCCAGCUCGCCGGCCCCUCCACCUCACCCCAAGCACAGAGCUACCCAGUGGACUGGCCUUUGCCCAGUGGGAGCCUCGGGGAGUGGGGGGCUCGGACCCGCACCCUGCCCUGCCAGCCGGAGGGGCUGUCGGCGGCCCCGGGCGGCCUGGUCAGCUGCAGUGCGGGCAUCCCUGUGGGGUUUGGGACAAAUCCUGUAUGUGUGGUUUUGCUUCUUUUUUUAGACCCACAAAUGUUUUUAUUCCAAUAGAAAAGAGCUGUGCUCAGACUGUAGGCCUCGGUUGGGAGUCGGGGAUCAGUGGGGCCGCUCAGCUGGGCUGGGAGGGGAGCCGGAGUUUGGUUUAGGGUUUUCACUGUGCUGGGUUCCCAACCCAAAGGACUUUGGAGGAGAGCUGGGUGGACCGACCACCUCAGAAGAACCCUUUGCUCUCCUAUGGCAGGUAUCCUCCUGUCUUUCCGCCCAGAGGCCGUGGCUCAAUUCUGGGGCCUCUAAUGCUGGCUGAACUGUGCCGUCUGGUGUUGAGCAGGGUAACUAAGAGAGAGGUGAGCAUGGAGGGGGUGCCUUGAAGGGGAAGGGCCUUCUGGUUAGAUGUGAGGCCCCAAGGCUCCCGUUGCUGCCAAAGCAGACCUUGUGUGGCCUUCCAUCUCACAGGCUGUGUUUCUAGAACCUCAUGGUCACUGAUAGGCUGGGAAGAGGGGGUGUGGGAAGGAGUUGGAAGCUGCUGGGCAACUGGGAAUGAGGAACCUUCUAGGGUUUCACCUCAGGGUGCAGAGUCAUCACGGCCUAAUGGAAGAAGACAGUUCCUUUGGGAGCCAGGAGCCCUGGAAGAGACGGAAGUUGUCUGAUUGUACAGGCCCUCGUGCUGGCCAUGGGGAUGUGUCUGCAUCAUGUCCCCUGGAAGCCGCUGCCUCUCUUGAGGGCAGAGCAAGGGGCAGCAGAGAGGGAGGCCCGGGUUUCUUACCCCCUUGUCGUGCUCUCUUUGUACAGUCUACAUGUUGACUUAUAUAAAGGCAAGGGAAAAAAAAGCUUUUUGGAGGGUGAGGGAGGCAAAGACUAGGACUGUGGUCACUGAAGGGGCACCCAGGGCCCUGGGAGCAAGCAGGGGACAUUAUCCCUCCUGUGGUGGGAAGCUCGGCUGAGACUUGCUCUACUGGGUCUCAGUCUCCUGUCUGCGAAACAAGAGGUGCCUGUUCGUCUCCGGCCCUUCAGGGUCUGAAGUGUUUAGAUUCUCACAGUGCUGAGUCACUGUGCCAUUGUUCUCGGUAGCGCCCUGGAAUGCUAGGGUGGCCCUCCAGGGUGGCCCUCCUCGGGCCUUGCGUGGGCAGGGGCAGCUGCCACCGGGGGCUCGAGGGCCUGGGCCCACAUGGGUCCUGUAGACACUCCUCUCCUUCUCGGUGCCUCCGUCACAAUGGCAGAUGUCCGAGAUGACUUUAGACCCAGAGGGCGCGUUUGGUCUUUUUCCCCAUCCCCAGCCUCUUUGCACACCUACAAAGCUCUGGCGAAGGCCUAUCCAUCUAUUUAUUUUCAAAGAGCUCAGUGUGACUAAAUGAGUCUUACAGUGACAUCCCAUCAGCCAGGGUAGCCACCCCAGUCCGUCCCACUGUCACCCCUCCACACCAAAAUCCACAUUUUAAAAAAGCAUGCUAGAGGGACCGUGAAGAUGCGGUUGGAUGCAGACACCAUCGUGAGCCUUGGGGGAAGCUCCAGGUCCCUGAGGCUGACCUCCCUGCCAUGUCUUCCUCAUCUGGUCCCCUCCUGGACUGAGUGACAGGGACCUGUUGUUGGGUGCCCACCUUGGAGUAAGGAGGCAUGGCCAAGGGUCCUCCCUCUUCUUGACUUUGUACGUGAACCAGAUGCCGCCCUCUUAUUAUAUCCCUGACCUCAGUGGAUCUCGAGACUCACUGAGCGUUCUCUUGCUAACAGACGAGAGACUUGUGUUCCUCCACUCAGCAGAUCAUGCCCAGAUCCUCCCUGGAGAGAGGCUUCCCUCUGGAGGCCAAGGAGCCUUGGUCCUUCUGGGUUCAGGUUGAACCUUCCCUUCUUCUCUAGUGAUGCUUAUCUUGUGGAAUAUACUAGUGCAAAUAUUUUUGGUGCUAAAUACUACAGAAACCAACACCCAUAGGAGAGCUGACAGCCAAUUUCUGGGGGUGCGUGAGACACCCCCUCAAAAGCGGAAGGAUUCCGUUGUGCUGGGACACUACAGGAUGCAUGGGAGCUUGGGUGGGAGCAUGCAGGGAUGUGGAAAGACCGUCGAAUUCCCAGCUCUGCUCUUGGUUACCCAGGUGACCACGGCCAGGUCAUAAUCUCUCAGAGUAUCAGAUUUCUCAUCUGAGACAUUUGAGAGACCAGGAUAGAUAUCCUUGGGAUUCUUCUCAAUUAAAAAAAAAAAUUCUGUUCUGCUCCCACCUA